CGGUCCUACUGUGACCCGAAAGGACACUUUUAAAAGGAUUGGACUUGUGCUUGCUGAAGCUUCGUUCCUGUGUGUAACAACGCAAACCAAAAGGAAGCAAAGCGCCAAUCGCGUGUUGGUUAGUGAUUUCUCUUUACUGUAGUGCUUUAGUGUAAUUUAUAAAGUAUGUUCAUAAUGAAACUGAUCGGGCUAGUCGUUUGGAUUGGGAUCAUUUGCUCAAUCCCGGCAAACGAAGCGAUCGAUACUCCCCCGUACUGCGAUCACCACACGACCAUAACGAGCCAGUACGAAGACUACUUCAACAUCGACGAAAUGGGCAACAACCGCACCGAUAAGGUCGUCGUGGAUCUCAUGCUCUACGUCCAGUUGUCCAACAUGCAGGAGGAGAUCGCUCUCCUCCUAUCGGCCGCCAACCGAUCCCAUCAGUAUCCGGACUACGAGAAAACCUACGAGAUCCGCAUCAGCAACGUCUACACCGUAAUAUACAAGGAAACCCUGCGGAUGUCCGCCCAUCACAGCCAUUCGUUCAACUUCUUCCCGGCGGAGCACUUUCAGGUGCACAUCAAAAUCACCCGCAAAGGCAUGAUCACGGUCGUGAUUGACGGACUGGCCAAGCCAAUUCUGUCCGUAGUGGACGAAAACCCCGCCAUCGACGUGCACUUUGCCAGCUUUGGAUCGCGGAUGAAUGCCUAUCCGAUCACGUGGUCCUUCAACUGUCGAUCUCCACCGACGACGACCCUCCCGACGACGGAGCUGGCUGGCGAGAACGAAGGCCCAGGGCACUUUAGUCAGCUCGAUUCGGGAGAACUGGAUGAGAACAAGUGUCCCGUUUGCCCGAGGCCGGCCAAGUGCGAAGUGGUCGUCCGGGCCUGUUCCGAUAACUCGCAGGAUUUGCUGAAGAUGACCGACGCCGAGAAGCAAAAGUACUUUUUCUAUUUCAACGUGUACUUGAGCAAGAACGCUAAGAACGGAAAGGCAAUUGCGUCGGAUUUUAGCAAUAACAACUUAAUUGAUUAGAGGGGGUAAGGAAACGAUUUCGAGGACAUAUCGAUCGAUGGGCAUAUCUCACAUGGCAAUGAAUUCUUCCAGUUUUGAAAUCUUGAUCAAUUUUAGAAACUUAUCUUUUCCAAUCGUAGAUUGUCGUUCUAAGUAGAUUUAGGUAGUAGGAUAAAAUUAGAAAAUCUUAAACUUCUCUCACGUGUUUUGAUCUUAACUGUGUAGUUCAUGUUAUCGAUUAAUCCAGUAUGAUAGUUUUGAUGAUAGUUUCCAUUUUGCAAUCUCUUCUAGUACAAUGAUAAUAAAAAAAGGACAAUAAUUGAAGCUCAA